AUAUCAUGAUAAUUAUAUGUCUACUUGCUAUUCAACUUGGAAUUGUUGUAUUAGCGUAUUCCUCAGCUGACGCUGAGCGUGUAGUUUGUUUUACUUGCUACACGCAGGUAACAAUAUUGAUCAUGGAGCCCAUCCCAGAGGUCAAUGAGAGUGACGAGAUGUACGGGCUGGUGGACCACAUUUAUGAUGUUUUAAUUAAAUAAAUACCUUUUCGGGCGAGAACCCAGAAAAAUGUAAAACAAUUUGAUUAUGUUUUAUACUUAAGCUUCCGCAUUGUUUCAGCAAUACUCUGAAUUUAAUAUUUGAAAUUAUCAUUUAUAUUAAAGUUUAAAUUGGUUUUAAAUUAUUCCUCAAAUUGUUAUGCGUAUUUACCAUCAUGGUAACUACUUCGGCUCAAAUAAUCUAUGUAAUUGGGUUAUUCGAGUUGGGGUGUUACAUAUAAGCCCAUCCCCUUCACCCCGUAGACACAAAAAAACGAGUCUUCAGACUCCAACAACCGAAGAAAGAACUGGACAGUCGAACUGCCGAAGAGCCUGCGGAUUGCCGAACAUCCGAAAAAAGGGCGUCUCCGUCACGUCGCCAGACACCGACCUCCACCUUCCAAUUAGGUUUGAUUUUGCAAUCAUCGUCGGCGAAGAUGAGCGCGGUGGUGGAUGCGGUGGCUCAACUCCUCAACAUCCCCGGAGCGAUCGACCGAAUGAUAUCGCAGGCGCAAGACGGCGGCGUGAGCAGGGGAUCCGGCAACAUUCCGGUCGACAUUCUCGACACCCCGAAGGAAUAGAUCUUCUACCUCGACGUUCCCGGCCUAUCCAAAUCCGACAUUCGGGUGGCGGUGGAAGACGGAGACACGCUGGUGGUCAAAAGCGGCGGGAAGAGGAAGCGGGAGGACGAAGGAUGCAAGUAUCUGAGGCUGGAGAGGAAGGCGGCGCAGAAGUUGAUGAGGAGAUUCCGGCUGCCGGAGAACUGCAACGCCUCUGCGGUCACGGCGAAGUGCGAGAACGGGGUGCUGACUGUGGUGGUGGAGAAGCACCCUCCGCCGCCCAAAUCCAAGACGAUUGAGGUGUCAAUCUCUUGAUCAGUCCCUUUCUUAUUGUUGCUUUUUUUGCACAUUAUUAUCAGUUUAUCACUAUGAAUAUGCAGCAGCAAUAGUUUCAAAUUUGUAGGAACCAAUCUUAUGUUUCAUUAUGACUAGCUGUUUGGUACGGUUUAUCAAGAACUCUUCCCCAUAUUUGCCUCUGCUAUGGGUGUUAUUAUGUUCAAGCUAAAUAGAAUUUGGUUUAAUUC